CUGCGCAGAAGUGCCAGCUUCACCCCAGACCACCAGCCCUUGAUGGAGGUGUCCAAUCCCACCACGCUGAAAAUGGAAGCGAAUGUGCUAGUUAUGGGAGCAGACAGCGUGGGCAAAUCAGCCUUGACGGUGCGUUUCCUUACCAGGCGAUUCAUCGGGGAAUAUGGAGACAUGGAAUUCAUCUACAGCCACAGCCUGGCAAUGGAGGGCAGAGAGAUCCACGUCCACAUAUGGGACGUCCCCUGUUCACAGGACCGGCUGGAUGAGAGCUCUGCCAAGGAAAAGCGACUCCAGUGGGCAGAUGGCUUCAUCCUGGUCUACAGCAUCUGCGACCAUGCCAGCUUCAGCGUGCUGCGCCCCAAAGUCCAGGUCAUCAAGGCAGCCAAGGAGGCUCUAAGCCAGGAGAAGGUGCCCAUCGUCAUCGUGGGCAACAAGCGGGACCUGCACCACCGGCGGGCGGUCUCCAGUGAGGAGGGCCGGCUCCUGGCGCUCUCCAUGGACUGCGAGUUCUAUGAGGUCUCUGCAGCUGAGGCCUAUCAUGGGGCACUCAUGGUCUUCCAGGGGCUGGCGGAGCGCAUCUGCGAGGCCAAGCUGGCACUGAAGAAGGGCACUGGGAUCCGCAGCAUUGUCAAAAGCAUGUCGGCUGUGUUUGCUCGGAAGAGGACGAGCACACUCUGA